AUGUCAAAUCUGCCAAUACAAUCAGCAGUAAAUCAUAAUGAUGAUAAUGAUGAACAAAUAAAUUCAAUUAAUAAUAAAUUAUCAACAAUAAAUACUCGAAUAAUAACAACACCAUCACUUAUAAAACGUCAACAAAAUAUUGAAACUAAAAUAGCUAAUAAUCAAGCAUACGAUGAAAUACAUGAUUUACGAACAAAACAUUCCUCAUCAAAAAAAAUAAACAAUGAUAAUUUAUAUAUAAAAAAUUCAACACAACAAUAUCAAUCACAUGAAUUAAUGCAAGGAAAUUAUUAUGAUCAAACACGUUUUGUUGAUAUUGAUUAUACAUCAUCAUCUAAUCAUCAAUCUGAACCAAUAUUAAUUGAUAUUAAUGUUGAAGAUUAUAAAAAGACGUUUGCUCCAGUUUGUACAAGUAAAAACAGUAAUAACAAAAAUCGAACGAGGUCACCUCCAUUUGGUGAUACAAGUGAAUCAAUUCAACAAGGUAUUGCACAAAGUGCUGGUAUAUUACUUGAACUUAAUAAAAAACAAGAUAAUUAUCAUCAACAUAAAACUACAAUGAAAAAUAAUAAUAAAUCUCAUGAACAAGCUGUUAUAAAUUAUUUUCCAAAUGAUGAUGAUGAUGAUAAUAAUAAUAAUAAUACUAAACAACGUUCAUCAUCAUCGUCAUCAUCAUCAUCUGAUUGUUCAACAUCUGAUUCGUCAACAUCAAAUAAAUGUCAAGAUGAUAAUACACAAACAAAUAUUCCUUAUGAAAAAUUAUCAAAUGAUGAAGAUAAUGAUGAUAAUAAUGAAUUAAUUGAAACAACAAAAAAACCAUUAACAGAAUCAACCAUAUUAUUAAAUAAAAAUCAUUCACAAACUUAUGGUACACAACAAUCAACAACAAAUAUUCCAUAUGAACGUAGUAAAUAUCUACCAAAUAAUGGUUAUAACUCACAUGGUUCAUCAGUAACAACAAAAUCAUCAUCAGAUAAUAGUGGUAGUAUACGUACUAAUUCUGGUACAGAUAAUGAUGAAGAAUCCGAUGAAGAACAUUAUAAUAAUUCAACAUUAUCAAAUAAUCAAUAUUCAACAACAUUGCCACGUACAAAAGAUACAUCAAUAAAAUCAUUGAAUAAAACACAUGAUAUUAAAUAUUCAUAUAUAAAUGAACAAAAUAAUUAUCGAUCAAGUCGAUUGAAUACUACUCAUUUAGAACAAACUAAUAAUAAUGAUGAAUUUCAUUUACAAGUACCUCGUAUGAAACAGUUGAAUAUUGAUGAUCUAAAUGGCAAUGUCAAUAAAUUAAAUCCAAUAACUACAGAUCAUAAUACAAUUCUUUUUCCAUCAAAAUCUUCUUUACAACAAUCAUCUAAUAAUCAAACAAAUAUACCAUUACCAUCAUCUAGUCAUCAAAAUCGAAACAUUACCGAACAUAAUGAACAACAACAACAACAACAACAACAACAACAUUUAAAUUCAUCACGAAAUACUACUACACGUCCAAAUCAAAAUCGUGGAUCAAAAAAACGAAAACAAUCUCAACAACAAGAAAUCAUACGAACAGAAUUAAUUCCAGGACAUCGUGGUGAUCGUGAUGUUGAUGAACUUGUCAUGUUUAUCGAUGGAGAUUCAUCAAAACAACGACAAAAUUCAACUCCUUUACGUCCAACAGAUACAAAUAAACCAAGAUUAUCUUCAAAAUUAAAUUCUCUAAAUGAUACAAAUAGUAAUAAAACAUCAUCUCGUAAAAAAUCUCGUAAAUCAAUGAAUAUUUUACAACAAACAAUAUCAACAACAACAAAUAAUAAUGAAAAUCAAACAUCAAAUUAUGUAACAACUAAUGAACAAAAUAUUCAAUCACUAAAUUUUAUUGAUGAAGAUAAUCAAACUAAAACACAUACAAUUAUUGAUAUAACAAAUCAAUCAUUAAUAAAUAAAAAUAUAUCAAAUGAUAAUAAUAAUGAUGAUGAAUCUCAUUUAAAUGCAGUCGAUGUUAAUUCGACGAAAAUAAUUAAUGAUGAAUCUUCUAUACCAAAUUUAUUCGAACAAACUCAUAAUGAUAAUAAUACAUCUUUAAAAAAUGAUGAUAUUGAUUUAUAUAAUUUAUCUUCAAUAAUAACAAAUAAUUUGAACAGUGAAAUUAUAUCUGAACCAUUUGUAACUGUAAAAAAUCGUCGUCGUUUAAUAAAAGAACGUCGUCAAGAUAAUAAUUUAUUAACACGUUCAACACAUUUUUUACCGCCAUCAACAUCUUCGAAAACUUAUGAUAAACGACGUAUUUCAUCGACAACAAAAAAUGGUAUUAUACGUCCAAUACUACGCAAUAAUCUGCCAAAUACUAAAGUUAAUAUUGCUUCAAUAACAAAAGAAGAAAUAAAUAAUCGAAUUUCUUCUGAACCUGUACGUUCUGUACCUCCAUUAUCCGAUGAACAAUUAUCUUCAACUUCAAUUGUAAAUUCUACUAAUGAACAAAACAUAGAAAAACAACAAAUAUCACCACGUCUAUCAUCUCAUUCAUCAUCAUCAUCAUUAUCAUCAUUAUUAAAACGACAAUCAAAACCACCACCUGUUGUUUUUCUUAAUAAAUCAAUUGAUAUUGAACUCAAUGAUGUUUCAUUUGGUUUUGAACUUGAUUCAACAACAUUAACUAAAUCAUCUGAUGAUAAUAAUAUUGAUACUAAUAAUCAACUAUCAAUAAUAACAACAACUGAACCUGAUAUUGAUACAUCAACAUCCCUGUCAAUUCAACAAAUACAAUCAAAUGAUAUAUCAAAUGAUUCAUCAAUACUAAAAUCUCCUAGAAGAUUUUCUCAAAGAAAUAAUCGUUCACCACAAUUCUAUUCAGGUUCAGAUAUUCGUCCACAUCAACAACGUAAUUAUUCAUCACAAUCAUCUUAUAUUGAUCCACUACUUCUUGUACAAUAUAAUCAACAACGUUUAGCUAAUUAUUCUCAACAAUUAGCUUAUAUGAAUUAUUUACGUACACAUUAUAUACCACCUCAAUCGCCAUAUGUUCUUCUACCAACAACAUAUACAACAACAACAACAACAACAACAAAUGAAAUUGAUCAUGAUGAAACAACAAAUUCAUCAACAUCUGAACAAAUACAAGAACCAUUAUAUGUUUAUUCAACUCCAACAGGUCAAUUUUAUUUUCAUCCAUCAACAACUAAAAAAUCUUCAAUUGAUACUGAACAGCAAUCAAAUUCAAUGCCAACUGUUUAUACACCAACAAUUUAUCCAUCACAUUAUUUUUAUCCUUCACAUACACAACAUUUAAUUCCAUCACAAACAGCAUAUUUUCAACCAAUAUCAUCAUCAUCAUCAUUAAUUGAUACAAAAUCUGAACAAAAUAAUAUUGAUAUUGAUGAUGAUGAUGGUUAUAAAAAUUCAUCAAUAUUAUAUCAUCAAACACGUCAACAAUCAUCAUCAUCAGAUAUAAUGUCGAAUGCAUUACAACUUGUCUAUAGUCAACAACGACGAAAUGCUCAAACAGAUCGUUUUAAUCUUGAUGAUUUAACGGCUUAUCUAGCUAUGAAAUGGACAGAUACUGUUGAUCAUUAUGAACAAGGGGAUAAUCGAAUAUUAUUAGUUAACGAGCAAGAAUAA